UACUGCUGGCUCGCAGUGGAGGUCGUAGUGUGUGUCCCAGGUCUAGGUGUGAUGUCAUAGAGAACACGUCACGGUGGAAGUGUUGGAGCCGUCACACAGUCGCUGUUUCGCCGCCUGUCCUCCCGGAUGGCGCACCGUUGCCUGCUCCUGUCUGGGGCCGGGCGAGCCUUCACCGCAGCCCUAACCCCGCUGUUGGAUAACAGUGCAGCCCGCCAGGCAGGGGCCUGCUGUCUGAGGAGGAUCCAGAACCUAUCAACUUCAUCAGAGGAAAAUGCUCUGUUAACCAAUGCUCUUGCAGCUUAUAGAAGACUUCUCUCUUCUCAGCCGCCAAAAGGUUUUGAGAAAUACUUUCCUAAUGGGAAAAAUGGCAAGAAAUUAAAUGACUCGAAAGGAACUUCAACUGAAUUAAAAGAUGCUAAAGGCAAUGGAAACCAAGCAAAGCGCAAUGAAAACCAGCAUUCGUCAGGAGGGGGAAGUGACUCAACUGGAGGGGGCAAGAAAGGUGGAAAAGGAGGAGGAAAGAAAGAAGACUCCACUUGGUGGACAAGACUGCAGAAGGGUGAAAUACCGUGGGAUGAUAAGGAGUUCCGCUUUUACUUUAUGGCAAGUGCCGGGUUAUGGGCUGGUGUUACCUAUUACAUCUUCUUCAGGAAGUCUGGCAGAGAAAUCACUUGGAAAGAUUUUAUUAAUAACUACUUAUCGAAAGAUGUGGUAGAUCGUCUUGAGGUGGUGAAUAAACGUUUUGUAAGAGUCGUCUUUACACCAGGAAAAACGCCUGUUGAUGGGCAAUAUGUCUGGUUUAAUAUUGGCAGUGUGGACACCUUUGAAAGGAAUUUGGAAACUGUGCAGCAAGAGCUUGGUAUAGAGGGAGAGAACAGAUUACCUGUAGUGUAUGCAGCUGAAAGUGAUGGCUCCUUCCUUCUAAGCAUGCUUCCUACUGUCCUCAUUAUUGGUUUUCUCCUGUACACUGUGAGACGUGGUCCAGCUGGUGGAAGGCCCGGUCGUGGAAUGGGUGGUCUCUUCAGUGUUGGAGAAACAACUGCCAAGGUACUCAAGGAUGAAAUUGAUGUGAAGUUCAAGGAUGUGGCUGGAUGUGAAGAGGCAAAACUGGAAAUUAUGGAAUUUGUUAAUUUCCUCAAAAAUCCAAAGCAGUAUCAAGAUUUAGGUGCCAAAAUCCCCAAGGGUGCAAUUUUAACUGGUCCUCCUGGCACUGGAAAAACACUUCUGGCAAAAGCAACAGCAGGAGAAGCCAAUGUCCCUUUCAUUACAGUCAACGGUUCUGAGUUUCUAGAGAUGUUUGUUGGUGUUGGUCCAGCAAGGGUGCGUGAUUUAUUUGUCAUGGCUAGAAAAAAUGCCCCUUGCAUUCUUUUUAUUGAUGAAAUCGAUGCAGUUGGUAGGAAGAGAGGACGUGGAAACUUUGGAGGGCAAAGUGAGCAGGAAAACACUCUCAACCAACUUCUGGUAGAAAUGGAUGGGUUUAACACCACAACAAAUGUAGUUGUAUUAGCUGGAACAAACAGGCCAGAUAUUCUAGAUCCUGCCCUGAUGCGUCCUGGGCGAUUUGACAGGCAGAUCUACAUCGGUCCACCCGAUAUAAAAGGCAGAGCAUCUAUAUUCAAGGUUCACCUUCGGCCUUUGAGAAUGGAAAGCACCAUAGACAAAGAUAGUUUGGCUAGAAAAAUGGCGGCAUUAACACCAGGAUUCUCAGGUGCAGAUAUUGCGAACGUGUGUAAUGAAGCUGCCCUAAUUGCUGCAAGACACCUUGCUGAUGCCAUAAACCAAAAGCACUUUGAACAAGCCAUUGAAAGGGUUAUAGGAGGUUUGGAAAAGAAAACUCAGGUCCUACAACCAGAAGAAAAGAGGACAGUGGCUUUCCAUGAAGCUGGUCAUGCAGUAGCAGGAUGGUUCUUGGAACAUGCAGAUCCUCUCUUGAAGGUUUCCAUCAUCCCACGGGGGAAGGGACUUGGUUAUGCACAGUACCUGCCUAGGGAGCAAUAUCUGUACACUAAAGAGCAGCUUCUGGAUAGAAUGUGCAUGACACUGGGAGGACGGGUCUCGGAGCAGAUAUUCUUUGGGAAAAUUACAACUGGUGCACAAGAUGAUCUGAAGAAAGUAACACAAAGUGCUUAUGCCCAGAUUGUCCAGUUUGGCAUGAAUGAAAAAGUUGGACAAGUAUCCUUCGACCUUCCACGCCAAGGAGAAAUGGUACUGGAAAAGCCUUAUAGUGAGGCAACAGCAAGAAUGAUCGACGAUGAAGUUAGGCUACUUAUCAAUACUGCUUAUGAGAGAACACUCGAGCUCCUUACAGAAAAGAAGGCUGAAGUUGAAAAGAUUGCUCUUCGGCUUUUGGACAAGGAAGUGCUUAGUAAAAGUGAUAUGGUGGAGCUACUGGGCCCCAGACCAUUUGCUGAGAAGUCUACUUACGAAGAGUUUGUGGAAGGCACUGGAGGCCUGGAGGAAGAUACCUCCCUUCCUGAAGGUCUGAAAGACUGGAACGUAGACCGUGAGAAGGAGAAAGAAGAAUCUUCAGAGGAGCAGAUUGCCAGGCAUAUAAGUGGAAAGAUAACUACUUUUUGACACUGGACAAAAGACACUUUAUUUUCAUAGGAAUUUGGAGCACUUUUUAAAUAAAAUGUAUUUCUCCUGAAA